AUGUCUAGCAACAUCAAGCAGGUGUCCACCAAGGACCUCAACGACGUUGCAGCCGUCGUCCAAGUCUACAUCGAUGGCUUGAGGAAGGGGGAUAACGACCUGCUGAAGACAGCCUUCCACAAAGACGCAACUAUGUACGAUAUUCAGGGUCGAUGUGACAUUUUGGACAUGACUCCUACCACGGCUGUCGUUCGUAUCUCGCUGGAGAACGAUGCCAGCGGGGGUAGAUACUUUGACCACCACACCCUGCUGAAGAUGAAGGACAAGUGGGAGAUUAUCACCAAGACGUUCCACAUGUACAAUGUAUGUUUGUUUCCAGCUCGACGAAGUGAAAUCAAGAUGAAAGUGUCGAAUGUCUAA